AUGUCUGAUACAAAUUACAGCAGUACUACCAAUUUGGAAAUUGUUCUAAUGGGUAUUCCUGGACUCCAUGGCACUCAGCAGUGGCUUUCCAUUCCUGUCUUCAUAAUGUUCCUUGUAGCAUUUUUUGGUAAUCUAACAAUUUUGCUAACUAUAGUUACAGAUCAAAGCUUGCAUGAGCCCAUGCAUUACUUUAUUUCCAUGUUAUCGGCUGUAGAUCUUAUUGUCACAAUUGCUCUUCUACCCAACUGUUUAAAUGUGCUGUGGUUUGGAUCACAGACUUUAAGUUAUAAUGCAUGCCUUGUGCAACUCUUUUUUACCUCCUGUUUCUGUGCAGUGGAAUCAACCAUACUAAUACUGAUGGCUUAUGAUCGUUAUGUUGCUGUGUGUAACCCUCUGAGAUACAGAACAAUAAUACAAAAGUCAGCAUUAAAAGUAAGCUUAAUUGUGGGAGUUAGAGGUCUUAGUGGUACCUUACCUGUUCUUUUACUUGUUCCAAUAUUACUGAAUUGUAAAGAAACCAUUGUCCUUAGUUUAUUUUGUGAUUAUUUUGCUUUUGCCAGAGGAAUGUGCAGCCAUAUAUUUGUGAUUGACAAUUAUGUCUACGUCCCUAUACUCCUUCUACUAUUGCUUGAUAUCACAAUAAUUAUUUUCUCCUAUUUUAUGGUUGCUAGAGCUGCACUAAAACUAGGUUUAAGGGAAUCUCGUCAAAAGAUAUUUUAUACUUGUAGUUCUCAUAUUUUUGUGAUUGCAUCUUUUUAUUUUUGUGCAGCAGUAUCAACAAUUACAUUGUUUUUUGAUAAGAAAAUCCCAGAACACAUACGUACCUUGUUUUCAAUCAUAUAUUUUACAGUGCCUCCUACACUAAACCCUCUAAUAUAUGGCAUAAAAACAAAAGAAAUCAGGAAAUGUAUAUUAGAAUAUGUAAGGAAAUAUUCAAUGCAUUUAUCAAGAGAAUGUGCAAAACUGGUGCAUUAA